CAUAGGAUCCGGGCCGCGUUUGGCUAGCACCAGUAGCUGAUGUUCUCAACGUCACACGCAGGAUCUUCAAGUUGCCAGUAAGGCUAGCACUUCUAGUCAUGGCUCGCACUUCGUCGUUACUGGCGUCGACGACUCCGAGUGUAAUCGCACCAGCAGACGUUACCAUCGGCCAUGUGCAGCUUCGAGAUUUAAUCAUAUGUCCACGCGAGGCGGGCAUCGUCAAUUACGUUCAUAAAAACUCGAUUAUUGAGCAUGAUCUUCAUACACCCGACCUGGCACCAAGGCCCAUCGCUGAUCUCGCAUUUGUCCCAAACACGCUUUCCUCGUUAAACCUUUCUGAUUCCCCACAUACACUCCUCGCAGCAGGUGGUCAGGACACCGAGAUUCACCUCUCACUUCACAGUCCAUCGCGUACCCGUCCGCUCUGGCAGUUCUCGCGCAAGCUCAGUGGAAGCAUCAAUAAUUCUGUUCUCCUUGCACGCGCAUUCAACAGUUCUCACGAACCACGGCUCAUCGUGAGUAAUAAUGACUGGACAGUUCGCCUAUACGACGUACCCCUCCGUAGGCCGCAGGACCUCAGGUGCUGUGGGACCCUCAGACUCGAAGAGCCUGUGAAUCACUCUUCUAUAUCGCCUGACGGCCGCACCCUACUUUCAGUCGGAGACUCUCCUCGGAUCUACCUUCACUCCCUUUCAGGCAGCGCCCGCCUUUCCUUCAAUCGCGUCACAACAUUACAGAUCCCGCCCCCUGUCUCUCUCCAUCCCAUCUCUCUCGUAGCGUCCUUUAGCACCGCAUGGAGCGCCGACGGACUUAAGUUCGCUGUCGCUUGUCAAGAAGGAGUUAUCGCAAUCUGGGACGUGCGGAGCACAAAGCCGCUGAAGGUGCUGUAUACGAGUCGUGAAAGGGGCGGUGGUGACAGCGGGUGGAUGAGUGAUGACCCAUGGGACUGGACACGCGGAGCUUCACGUGCGCCAGGAUGGGGCGCACGGAGCGUCAAGUUCGGGUGUGGUGGAGUUGGCGGGCGGGCUGGACAUGAGGUGAUGACGUAUACUGAGCACACAAAUCUCUUGCACGUACUUGACGCUCGAACGUUCGAAACCGAAGAAAUCAUCCACGUGCCUAACUUCUCUUGCAGCAAAACAAACUCCGCUCAUACACCUGCCCCUCCCUCACUCAGACACUCAGGAGGCCGACUGAGUACACGUGCCGCACGCCGCGACGACGGCAUUGUCGUCAUACCUCUGCACGGUGCACUGCCCCGGACGACGUCAUGGACGAGCGCACCGCCCUCUAGGAUGUCAGAUCGGACAGGUGGCGGUGAUGAGGGCGAUACAAUGGACCUCGAUGAGCUCGAGGUGGACUGCUUGUCACGUGGAGGCUCGCCACCUCCAAUAAACUCGUACCGCCCCCCAAGCCCAUAUCGGCCCAUCAGCCCAUCGCCUCUCUCUUCCCAAAUUUACCGUCCUGCAAGUCCGCCGUACCGCCCUGUAAGCCCCCCGUACCGCCCCAUGACACCCUCAUUCCACCCCUACCGGCGCACUCCGCGGCGAACGCAUGGGGAGGAAGGAGAAGUCGAACGUGUAGGAAAUGUGGCAGAAAACGAAGACAUGGAUAUUGCAGGGACAUGCUUCGACCCAACAGGAGGUUUCCUAUAUGUUGCGACGACGGCUGGUGUUGCUGAGUGGACCGUGCACGGUUCAGAAAAACGUUGGUGGGGGAGUGGACAGUGGGCUUAGUGCUCCGUUUUUGCCUCCCCUCGCGUGUUCCAAUGCGCACGUAUGUCCUUUCACGAUUUUCGGACUUGUUACAGACACUGGCGGUUUAAUUCUGCGGGCCACAUGUAUUUUUGUGCUCAAGUGGUUUUAUUUAUUACUCUCUUUCUCUUUCUUACUGAUCAUGUUGUUGUCUUAUCUCAUCUUCGUCGUCGUCUCUUCAUGUCCACCUACCCAUGUCAUGCUUUUCGUGUCUGGCCGCGCUGUCAUGCUCAUCUCAUGUACCGUACUAGUUGCAUUUCUAUAUUCUGUUUUCUGAUGUCUGUAUAUGUACACACUCACGAACUUGAUACCAACCACGCUAGUGAUUUCAUGAUG